UAGUUGUGUUUGCAAAACGCAGCCCAUUGGACGUGCCCAAAAAGAAUUAAUAAACCGAAUACGAUUCCAUUCAAAGCGAUCUGCAGAAGCACUACUGUUCUCCUCUCGCCCGGGAUCACGACCACACGGAAUAGUGUACAAUAUUUAUAUAUUUUUUUUCUUUGCUGUGGGUGGCUGUGCAUGAGCACAUCGCAUCGCAAUUGUGUGUGUUUUUUUCCUGUCGCGUUAUCUUACAUUUGGCUAAUUGAAAGAACUGUGAAAUCGAAAGAUAUUGGAAUAAUACACGCCCUGCUGUCUGCUGCCAUUCAAUUGCUAGCUGUCGCGCAUGUUUGUUCGCAAUUAAUUUAAAUCCAUCGAGUGGUGCACGAGUUCUACAGAAUAGUACUCGUAUUUUUUGUGUGUCAGUGUCAAAUUGAUCGCAGAACAAGAGGGAGACCAGCCGUUUCUUUAUCCAAGUGUGUAUUCCAUACAACGGCCUGAAGAUGAUACCCAUUCUGGAGAAACUGAGCGGCUUCUACAACUCGUACGUGCUGGGCAUACUCACCAUUGGCUAUGUCCUGGGCGAGUUGGGCCACUAUCUCAUCGGAGUGACCUCCAAGCAGACCGCUAUUGAGCUAGACUACGGCGAUCAUUCCUGCCAACAGAACAUUUCCCACUUCAACCGCCAAGAACUGCCGAUGCAGUGUUCGGCGGUAGGCAACGAGAGCAGUUGCCACGCCCUGGACUUCAACGGCACUGGGUACUGCGAGUGGAACUACAAUGGGCUGGGCAUCGACUACCAGAUCCUUGCCGGACCCACCUUCAUUCUGAUCUUCACCAUAGCGGGUGUCUUCAUGGGCUUCGCGGCCGACAAGUACAAUCGCGUCAAAAUGCUGACCGCGUGCACGGUGGUCUUUGGCAUCGCAAUCAUUGUGCAGGGCACCGUUAAGGAGUACUGGCAGCUGGUGCUGCUGCGCAUGGUGAUGGCCGCCGGGGAGUCUGGUUGUAAUCCCCUGGCCACCGGCAUCAUGUCAGACAUUUUUCCCGAGGACAAGCGCGCCCUGGUCAUGGCCAUCUUCAAUUGGGGCAUUUACGGAGGCUACGGCAUUGCCUUCCCCGUGGGUCGCUACAUCACAAAGGCGAACUUCUGGAAUCUGGGCUGGCGUGUGUGCUACCUGGGCGCCGGAGUGCUUGCGGUGAUCGUGGCUGCACUCACUGGGACCACUCUGCGGGAGCCGGAGCGCAAGUCUAUUGGCGAGGUCGAUCGACAGACGGCCAGCGGCAAGCCGAUCAGCCUGUGGCAGGUGAUUAAGAAUCCCGCCAUGAUCAUGCUGAUGAUAGCCGCCUCUAUUCGUCACUGUGGGGGGAUGACCUUCGCCUACAACGCCGAUCUGUACUACAACACGUACUUUCCCGAUGUGGAUCUUGGCUGGUGGCUCUUCGGGGUCACCAUUGGCAUUGGCAGUGUUGGUGUGGUCGUUGGUGGCAUUGUUUCCGACAAAAUUGUCGCCAAGAUGGGAAUCCGAUCACGCGCCUUUGUUCUGGCUGUUAGCCAACUGAUUGCCACACUGCCGGCCUUCGGUUCGGUCUACUUCGAUCCAUUGUGGGCCAUGAUCACCCUCGGCCUGAGUUACUUCUUCGCCGAAAUGUGGUUCGGCAUUGUGUUUGCCAUUGUCGUCGAAAUUGUCCCGCUCCGUGUCCGAUCCUCGACCAUUGGUGUUUUCCUGUUUGUGAUGAACAAUAUUGGCGGUAAUCUGCCCAUUCUGGUGGAUCCCGUUGCAAAGGUGCUUGGCUAUCGUGGCUCGAUCAUGAUCUUCUACGCGGGCUUCUAUGGCAUCAGCUCCAUACUCUUCUUCAUCACUUGCUUCCUGCUCGAGGGCAAGCCCGAGCCGGCAAGACGAGAGUCUUCGGUCGAGUCGCCAUCGAAGAUUCAUCCAGAGGCUGUGCUCAACGCCCGCCAUAUGCACGGACACGACAAUUCCGUGUUCACCGUGGACGAAGCGACACUGCCAGCCGCUAACGGACGUCCAACACAGCUGCCGCAGCACUUGCAGAUGUCCAGCGGCAACGGCUACGACAAGUCACAACCGACUCCGGCGCGCCAGAACGGCGCGGAGAGCAGUAGACUGUAGAAUAAAUACUUACAUAUGUAUGUAUGUGUGUAUGUACUUAUAGGCGUACGUGCAGAUGUUAUUCCGGAAGAUUCCGGGUUAAUGAAAGAUCGAUUGCGCGUGGUUUUUUUUUUAAACUA